UUCAGGUUCUGUCAACCGGUUGAGUUUUGCAAAUCAUGAUUCAAGUCGUUUGGCAUUAGCUUCAUCGGAUGGCACAGUAUCCAUCUGUCAUAUAUGUCCAGCCAGUGGAAGAUUUUCAAUUUCAUGUGUCUUGCCGGAAUUUCGCGUGAAACAAACAGAAAUUACUGAUAUAGCAUGGUCCAUGACGAAUGAGUUUCUAGCAAGUACUUCUCUUGAUGGUAACAUAUGUUUAUGGGAUGUUGCAGAAGCAAAGUUGGCACGAGAGUAUUUAGAUAGCGACCUCAAACUUGGUCCACUACUGGCAUGUGCUUUUCAACCUGCAAAUAACAACAUAUUUGCUGUUGGCAGUGUUACUGGAAUUGUUCAGAUGGUGAACCUAUCUACGGGAAAAUCUUGUGUCAAGGGGAUGGAUCGUAUUCACAUUACUCCUCAUGGUCGCAAAACCGGUCUACAAUCAUCGGUCAUUGAAUUACGUAGUUUCUUAGGUACAGGUUGUAUCACAACUUUAGCCUUUGAAAAUGCAUCUGGCAACUACUUGUGGGUUGGAACUGAUCGAGGUAUCAUACAGUCUUACAUAUGUGAGCCGUCUACAGGUUCCAUAAGAAGAUCACAACGUUUUGAUAUAUCUCCCUUAAAUCUGUCUGUUUCGUCAGGAUGUUUAGUUAAUGAAAUUAAACUGCAUGAUUUAUUGAAUGAACCAUCUGGGGGCCGAAGGGCCCACUUUUUGUCUAAAGCAGACCAAAGUUUGAGGAAGUGGAGCAAUAUUAAAGAAAAAACAGUUAUAUCUAGCUCCAAACUUAGGUCUUAUAGUAAGAACACCCUUACGCCCAGUAUAACUAGUCUUUCUAUAUACGCUUGGCUGUCUAAAGAAAAGAACGACACAUACAUGCUAAUUAAUGUAGUCGGUGUCGGAUUAUUGUUGCUGCGACUAACACUGCACGGAAGACAGCUAAUACUGGAACAAAGGUUUCCACUACAACAAAGUGCCACCUGUUUAAAUUCAACAACCCCUCGACUUAUUCAUUCCUGUUUUGCACCACUAAUAUCUUUCCGUUCUGGAGCGUGUGCUGUUAGUGGAAGUGAAGAUGGUAAUGUCUACCUAUAUAAUGUCCUAAGUAGUCGGAACGGAAGCUCUGUUUCAGGAAACGUUCCUACUCGAGCUAAGCAGCUGUCCACCGGUGUUGUUACUGUCUUACAGGGACAUACAUCGCCAGUAUUAGAUGUCGCAAUCAGUUGGGAAGAGAAUAUGCUAGCAUCAGCAGACGAAAAAGGUGCAGUCAUAAUAUGGAGAAGAAACGGAAAAUCGUCAACUGGCUGAGGGAUAACUUAAUUUCCUCUUUUCAUAAAUUCCCUUUUGAUAUUAUAAUACUUCAUGCAAUACAGUGUAUGGUUAGAUACAUGUGUUCCUAUGACUCGUACUUGAUUCUCCCUCUUAACAUUUGUACAUAUGUUGUUUUAAUGUACAUAAAUGCUUGUAAUCUUUUUUAUGAUGACUUUCUUAAAUGUUCAACAAUCAGUAUUUGCGGUGAUGUAACUUGGUUUGGAAAAAUAACUGUAUAUUGAGCAGUUUUGUAGCAUUUUUAUUUAAAAGUAUUAUUUGCUUAGUUGUGGUUAUUGUUAAUCCAGUGAUUAUUAAUGCACUACAAUUGCUUUUAGAAG